CUCAAAAUAAAAAGCGAGCACAAAGAAACUCAAGAAAAAGAUACAUUUAGUAUGUGAAUGAUCUAGAGCUAUAUUAGCUUCUAUAGCGUUUGAUCGGGGUUAUAACAGGAUUUGACAGAGUUAAGAGCCCAACAACAGCGUCGACGCAAGCGUAUUCCUGCUCAGAGAGGCUACAGUAUAGAAGCGCUAAUUUUUCAGCCAGCAAGGUGCUUCGUAUUCUGGGUGUUAGGCAACGCAAAGUUUACUGGUCGUACAGGCCAGCACACUUUGAUAUGUGUCAUCAUCUCGAUCGCUUCGAGUCUAAAACUAGCGAAGUGCCGCACAUAAAAGUUUGCAUCCUGCCGUUUGGAUGGCUGAUCUGUUGAUGCCCAGCGCUUAUGCAAUCGAGAGAUUUUCUUCUUACACAACUUGCGUGGACAGUGGUGUCCUUCCCAGCACAAAUGGCAUCUAUCGCCGACUUUUGUUUUUUUUUCUUCAGCUACUCGAGUGGUUAAAAGAAUUAAAAGCGAUGCGAAUGGGCUUAAUGGAAACAUCAACGAAUUUUAAUGAUCGCUAGCUCAUUCUAUCAGCUUCUGAACGUGACUUUGAAUAAAUCGAUCAUAGUUAUUUCACUCUUGUGGAAUGAUGAUAGACAAUGUACUAGCAAUUGAGG